GCUUACAGUUUUGAUAAAAGAUUUGCCAAAUCACUCAUCAUCCCAGAACCUCUUCAUUUCUAACAUCAGCUCUACGCUUUGAUCGUAUUCAUACCUAAAGUAUAGUUCUUACGCCUCACAAAAUGGCAAAGAACCCAGAAAAGGCCAUCCGCGUCUGGAUAACCCCGCCUGGGCCAAACCCGUGGAAGGCAGUCUGGCUUUUCGAAGAGCUGGGUCUGAACUACGAAAUAGUGUCAUUUCGCUUUGAUGAUGUCAAGAAACCGCCUUUCAUUGACAUUAACCCAAAUGGCCGUGUGCCAGCUAUAGAGGACCCGAACACUGGGCUCACUCUCUGGGAGUCGGGCGCCAUCUAUCAAUACCUCAUUGAGGUGUAUGACACCGAGAAGCGCUUGUCUUACGAGUCGCUCAACGAGAGACACUUGUGUAAUCAAUGGCUACACUUUCAAGUGAGCGGACAGGGUCCUUAUUAUGGCCAGGCUGGCUGGUUUGUACACCUACACCCUGAGAAGAUCCCAUCCGCCAUCGAGCGCUAUGCGAACGAGGCUCGCCGUGUCCUAGGCGUCCUGGAAGGUGUGCUAUCUAAGAAGCCCGCUGAUGCACAGUGGCUUGUUGGGAACAAGAUGACGUUCGCCGACAUGUCCUUUAUGCCAUGGAAUUUUCGCCUGACCGAGGUUCUGAGCCUGCCAUGGGACGAGAUCUGGAAAGAUACUCCUCAUGUUCGGGCCUGGCAUGAGCGCAUGGUUGCGUUGCCCUCGUGGACACGCUGCAUGGAGACCCGCGCACGACUCAUGGAUGAGCAGGGCUUGCAGUGGAAUGGCAUCCCUAAGGGUAUCGAGACCUUUACUGAAUACCAGGAUAAGAUUGCUGUGGGGGAAGACACCACGGCGAAAUAGUGCACAUUUGAUAUUUCAUAUACGCUGCUAGAUACCUAGCUAGCCUGAUAGACUUGUCGGAAUUGAAAAUAGUGAAAACGACACUAGUCUAAGUGCCUGAUAUUGUGUGCAAAGAGUGAAGUGUAGAAAUCAUCCCAACUAGAAAAAUUCAUGACAUACCC